CCUGGCUCUGUCAUUACAGUAACUCACUGAAGCCGGGGAAAUCUUUUCAAUUUUACCCCAAACAGGAUUUGAGCCUGAAAACAAAAAUGAUUAGUCGGAACUUCAAAAAUGUCCUUGUUGUGUCCUUUGGAUUUUUAUCCCUCUUCACCGCGUAUGGAGGACUGCAAAGUUUACAGAGCAGCCUGAAUGCUGAGGAGGGCAUGGGAGUGAUUUCUCUGAGCGUGAUCUACGGCUCCAUCAUUGUGUCCUCCAUGUUCCUGCCUCACAUCCUCAUCAAAAACCUGGGCUGUAAAUGGACGAUUGUGGCCUCCAUGUGUUGCUAUAUCACCUACUCAAUCGGGAACUUCUACCCUGGCUGGGCUACUCUCAUCCCCACCUCGGCCAUCCUCGGUCUGGGAGGCUCUCCUUUGUGGUCGGCCAAAUGCACAUACCUGACCAUCAGUGGCAACCUGCAAGCUGACAAAGAGAACAAGAAGAAUGAGGACCUCAUCAACAUGUACUUUGGCAUCUUCUUCUUCAUAUUCCAGUCCUCUGCUGUGUGGGGUAACCUCAUGUCCUCCCUCAUUUUUGGCCAAGAUACUGAGAAAGCUGAUAUUCCAGAGGAGCAGCUCAAGUACUGUGGUGCAGCACUUUGUGAGGAAAAUUUUAUCCAGGGAGCAAAUGCAACCCGACCUGCACAACACCUCGUCAACACACUGCUUGGAUGCUACAUUGGUGUAGGGGUGUUGGCUGUGAUUCUGGUGGCUGUGCUCCUUGAUAACAUUGACAGGGACAGUGCAAGGGAAUUCAGAGGCAACAGGACACCAUUUUGCGGAACCUUCUUGGCCACAUUCAAGCUUCUGAGGGACAAGAGGCUGGUCAUGCUUAUACCCUUGACUAUGUACAGUGGCUUUGAGCAAAGCUUCCUGUCUGGUGAAUACACCAAGAACUAUGUAACCUGUGCACUGGGAAUACAUUUUGUUGGAUAUUCGAUGAUUUGCUUUGGUGCUGCAAAUUCACUGAGUUCUUUUGUGUUUGGGAGGCUAGCAAGAUAUACAGGAAGAAUUGCACUGUUUUGUUUGGCUGCUGCCAUAAAUCUCGGCUGCAUAAUCGCUCUCCUGCUCUGGAAGCCACAUCCAGACCAGCUCCCUGUGUUCUUUGUAUUUCCUGCUCUGUGGGGGGUGGCGGACGCCGUAUGGCAAACCCAAACGAAUGCACUAUACGGAGUUCUGUUCCCUGACCACAAGGAGGCAGCGUUUGCCAACUAUCGCAUGUGGGAGUCACUGGGCUUUGUCAUAGCUUUCGCAUACAGUACCUUCAUCUGCCUCUCAAUCAAGCUCUACAUUCUCCUGGCCAUGCUCAUACUCACCAUGAUCACCUACCUAAUGGUGGAGUACCACCACCAUAAGAAUCCAAUGUCAUCGAAAAGCUUCAACUUAGACAUCAAGACCACCCAGUCUGAAUCUGGAACCAGUGAGAAAGAGAAGGACGGUUUCAAAGAAGCUUACAUUGUGAAACAGACUGAGAUGUAAACAUGUUAAAAGAAAAUGCUGAAGGUGAUGGCAUGAGAUUAUGUCUAUUGCUUUUUACAAAAUACAGCCAAAAAACUAAAGCACAAUUAAUGUGGCUGACCCUUCCAUGGCCUUCUCAAUCAGAAAGACACAUGCAUUGGCCGCUAACGUUAAUUUUAAAUAUUCUGUUUAUCUUAAAAUGAUGUCUUCUGCAUUUGCAUGUCUAUUACAUCUCGUGACAUUUGAUGUUUAAGAUUUUUUGAAAAUGUAAGGUUUCAUUGCAAGAUAUUCUUUCUGUAUAUACUGCUCAAAAAAAUUAAGGGAACACUUCAAUCAUACACUGGAUCGGUACUCUGACACUGUUUGGU